GGCAGUGUUUGUCUGGUUCACUCCUCCUACCCUCCUACUCUGGUUAUGGAUAUGGCUAAAAUACUUGCACAGAAUUACUGCUACCCCGAGCGUUUGGAGGGCAUCAUAGAGGCCAUAGAGGCGGCCAGAAGCAACACAGACAUCCUCAACAUCCCGGAUCCAAACGCCGUGGCGAUGGCGCUCAGUGCCGGCAUGGCGUCCACCAUUGGGGAUUCCCGGCUGCUCAUCACCUACGAGCCCGAUUUUAUUCCCAAGGCGACCCCCGUGCUGUCAUCUGUGCCCCCGGAAUAUCUGAUCAGCAUCAUCAAGAAAUCGGUCCAGGUUGAGGUCCUGGAGAACAACAUCGGCUACUUCAGGAUCGACCACAUAAUCGGGGAAGAUAUAGCAGAGAAAAUCGGCCCCCUGCUCGUGGAGAACAUCUGGAACAAAGUGCUCCUAACCUCCGCGAUGAUUUUAGACCUUCGUCACACAGCUUCUGGGGAGCUGUCGGGGGUCCCUUAUAUCGUGUCCUACUUCUCAAACGCCGAGCCCCCGACUUGCAUCAGCACCGUGUACGAUCGGCCCUCAAACACCACCGUGGAGUUUAGGUCCUUGCCAGAGCUUCUGGGGAAGAGGUACGGAGUGAGCAAAGACUUGAUCAUCCUGACGAGCAAGAACACCAGAGGUGUCGCUGAGGAUGUGGCCUACGCAAUGAAAAACAUGAAAAGGGCCACCAUCGUUGGGGAGAGAACUGCAGGGGGAUCCUUAAAGAUUGAGAAGCUGAGGGUGGGGGAGACUGGCUUUUACUUCACAAUGCCCACUGCUAGUGUUAGAAGCCCCAUCACAGGAGAGAGCUGGGAAGUAAAGGGUGUGACCCCCUGCAUUGAGGUCGAUGCAGGAGACGCACUGGAAACCGCAGUGAAAAUCAUUAACCUGAGGUCUACAAUCCCCGUCAUCGUCCAGGAGGCUAGUGUCCUUGUGGCUGAAAAGUACGCAUUCACUCAGAUCGCCGAGGAUGUGUCACAGAAACUGCUGGAUCUCCUGGAGAAUGGCACCUACAGCAUGAUCAAUUCUGAGACCGAGCUGGAAGCCCGGCUGUCCGCUGAUCUGAAGGAACUUUCUGGAGACAAAUGCCUGACGACAACACACAUCACCACUCAGGACCCCAUGCCGAAACUCGCCCCGGAGGCGCUGGCUGAGAUGGUCAGGGCUUCCUUCCAAACAGACAUCCUGGAAAACAACGUUGGGCUCCUUCGCUUCGACAUGUUCGGGGAUUUCGAGCAAGUCGCCCCCAUCGCCAAGAUCAUUGUGGAGAACGUCUGGAACAAAGUGGUGAACACCACAGCACUGGUCAUUGACCUAAGGAAUAACGUGGGCGGAUAUACCAGCACUAUAUCGGGCUUCUGCUCCUAUUUCUUUGAUGGAAAUAAACAAAUUCUCUUGGACACCCUGUACAACCGCCCCAGUGAAACUCUGAAGGAAAUGUGGACCUUGUCCCGGCUGACCGGUGAACGGUACGGCGAGAAGAAAGGUCUGAUCAUCCUGACAAGUGCCGCGACGAUGGGCGCAGCUGAGGAGUUUGUCUACAUCAUGAAGAAACUGGGCCGGGCCACCGUCAUCGGCGAGGUCACCCGCGGUGGCUGCCAUCCGCCCGAGACCUUCCGCGUGGCUGACAGUGACGUGUACCUGAGUGUUCCCGUUACCCGAUCGGACGCACUGCAGGACCACGGCUGGGAGGGGGUCGGCAUCAGCCCUCAUAUCCCCGCGUCUGCUGACGCUGCACUGGACACGGCUAAAGAGCUCCUGAACGAGCACUUCGGUGGUCAAAAAUAA